AUGGCUGAAAUACAUGUGAAUAUUCAGAACUAGAUUGACUUUUUAUUUUGUUAUUUUAUUUACACACCUCUGAAUUGCGUCUUUUCUAGUGGACGGAGCUAAAAGAAGUGAAAAAUGCACUUUGUUGUUGCCACCGUACCAUGAGCCCCUGCCCAGUGUAUGAUGAUAAGAAUAACAAACUGUACCUGUUUUUCAUCUGUGUUCAAAAUUAUUACUCAGAAAACUAUCAGAGACGUUAUGGCUGCAACAAGGCUCUGCUCUGCUAUAUCACCACUGAAAAUGAUGGUGAAAAGUGGAGCACGAUGACAGAUUUGACUCCAAAUCUGCACGAAAUCUGUGACUGGGCCACAUUUGCUGUCGGGCCGGCCCAUGGUCUUCAAACACAGAGCGGCAGGUUGAUUGUUCCUGUCCAUGCUUUUCCAAAUAAGCCAGGCUCCUGUUGCUGUUUGAAAGGUUGGGCCUCUACAUCAUAUACAAUCGUCCUGCACGCUGAUCAUCCAUACACAAAGUGGCAGUUUGAUAACAUGCUUCAAACCGAAUAAGGUGAAUUUCAAAUGGCAGAGCUCUUAGAUGACAAAGGCAAAGAUGUUGUCUACUGCAACGCCCGUAGUAAGAGGGGCCAUCGAGUGGAAGAUGUCAGUCAGAACGAGGGUGUCGAUUUUGCCAACCAGACCGGCAAUAAGGGGAGUGAGAAGCUUGUUGAAACGGCUUCAGGUUGUCAGGGUAGUGUGGUCUCCUUUCCAGCUCAAAGUGAAGAUGCAGAUACGAGGGAUGAAGACAACAGCUACAAAACCUGGCUGCUCUUCACCCACCCAACCGAUAAGACAAAAAGGGUUAAUUUAGGAGUGUAUCUGAACAAAUCCCCACAGGAUCCAAAUAAAUGGAGCGACCCCUGGAUCAUUAACAGUGGAACCAGUGGUUACUCAGACCUGGCUUAUAUUGGUAAGGGUUGGUUUGUGUGUCUUAUGGAGCAUGGGGAGGGAAAAGAACUGAACCAGAUAUCUUCAGAUGUUUAG